GAUCCGUGACAUUGGCACGCACCAUCCAUGAGAAUGGCUCUGAACUUGAGAUAGGUCACAUAGUCCCGAGAUGACGUUCGAGGACCGCGCCGGUCGCAUGAGGUACACGGUUACCCGAGCUGCGACCGACGGCAGGCGUACAUAAAGUGCAGGCCUAAGUCACGGGCUAAGUCAACUUGGCUUCGACCAUCCGUCUCGAGCUUCGUCACGUACGGAACCAUCCCAAAUGCGCUUCACCGCCAUUGUCCUCGCCGGAUUGCUCGCCAACGUCGCCUACGCACAAACCCGAUCUCCCUGCGCCAACAAGUGCGUGAGGCAGGUGUGCGGCCCUACAGUCGGCGCCAUGCGUCCUUGCGUCUGCGACUCUGCCGUCAGUAAGAUCGACACGUGUAUCCAUACGGAAUGCCCGGCGAAGGAGCGGAAGGAAGCGUACCGGGCGGUCCACAAGGAUUACUGCGGUUGGGCGGACUCGGAUGAGUAGAAAACGUGCUGAAGCUAGGACUGGACAUCUGAGCGUCGGAUGCGUGGAACGGCAGAGAUUCUUGGACUUGUAUGGCCUGUAUGGUUUCAUGAGGACACUGCUUGACUUAGCUUAUGCCCGACAUUGAAUCUUUGUAUUUCGAGCGGUGCUCUUCUCAGCUGAUGCAGUGGGUCCUCGUCCAGUUUCUCUUGUAGCAUGGACGAAGGCGCUUUUACCAAGAACGGGCAAUCGUGCGCGUUGGACAAGGUCUUGCAAUCGCGCUACGUAGGCCUUGUGCCGUUACUGGGACGAGGCUUCCGCGGCUUAAAUUCAAGGUGGGGUCACAGAGCUUGUGACCAUGUUCAAGGCCCUCGGUAAAGCAAAGAGAGUAGCGGUGCGCGAGCCCUUGAAGUCGUGCUACAUCCUCUGAGGUGUCGGU